AUGACCGUCGACCUCGACGGUCAGCAACAGCAACAACAACAGCAGCAACAGCUACCACAGGCCAACCCGCACUUUGCCAUGCCGGCUCCAGUGGAGCACGGACCACCGAUGGCCUCUGGCUUCGCCGCGCAUUCUCCGCCCAUGCACGCGAGCCCUCACGCGUCGUCGUCAACGUACGGGCAGCAUCAGGGCAACAUCGUGCAGCCCUCUAUGUUCCAGGGGAACAUGAGCGCGACGAUGGGCAUGCCGAUGGGCCUCGAUCCGAGGUACCAGCUGACACCGUCGUACAUGGGCUACGCGCCGCAAACGGCGCACGCGGGCCCCAUCCAACCAUUCGUCCCUCCAGCGCCGACCUCCAUAUCCAUGCCCCCGGGGAUGCCGCCACUGCUGAUGUCGAGGCCGACAUUGCAGUGGAUCGUCCUGAGCGACAACAUGGCACCAUUGGUGCACCAAGAAGGAUGCCCGGUCUGUACGACCUGGGCGCGCCACAUACAGGACGCCGCAAGGACGGACACGUCCUUCGUGGAAGCCAAUGGAACAGCGCGUGCCGCCCUUCAGGAGCGGCUCUACGACCACUUCCGCCGAUGGCAGGGUUCGGAAGGGGGAGGGACGCCGGCCGAACUCCAAUAG